UCCCACUUUCUCAUUUUUUUUCCUGUACUUGACCUGCGUUUCUCUAUAAUUUUACAUUCCUUUGAAGCUCUUCAAGAAAAUCCCCAAGACAUUCUGCUUUCUCUAUACCAUUCCAUUCUCUGACUAUUCAUUACAAUUUAAUGGCAUCUUUCAAUUUUUUCAAGUUCUUCAAUUUCUACUUUGUAUUGACUUUGUUUUUAUCGCAUCAACCAUUCUUAGUUACAAGCUCUAUUUACAGGUACAGGCUCAACUCGGUCAACGCUACAGUCUCUAACAACUCCACCCAGCACCACCGCAAAUGGGUAGGACCCGUCGGCCAGCGUGUGAUCACUGUUGACGUUAAUGGGUCUGGCGAGUUCCGGUCUGUACAAGCUGCUGUGGAUUCUGUCAAGGAGAACAAUACAGAAAAUGUGCUGAUUAAAAUUAGCGCUGGAUAUUACAUAGAGAAGGUGGUGGUGCCAGUGACGAAACCAUACAUAACAUUUCAAGGUGCGGGGAGAGACGUGACGUUCAUCGAAUGGCAUGAUAGGGCAAGGGAUCGUGGUCCCAACGGCCAGCAGCUGCGUACUUACAGAACUGCUUCUGUCACUGUUUUUGCCAGUUAUUUCUCUGCUAGAAAUAUCAGCUUUAAGAACACAGCACCAGCACCAAUGCCAGGAAUGCAAGGGUGGCAAGCGGCGGCAUUUCGCAUAUCAGGGGACAAGGCAUACUUUUCAGGGUGUGGAUUCUACGGUGCACAAGACACUCUAUGCGAUGAUGCAGGGAGGCAUUACUUCAAGGAAUGUUAUAUUGAGGGCUCUAUAGACUUCAUUUUUGGAAAUGGCCGCUCCAUGUACAAAGACUGCGAGCUGCACUCGAUAGCUACCAGAUUUGGAUCCAUUGCGGCCCAAGAUAGAAAGUCACCAGAUGAGAAAACAGGCUUUGCUUUUAUUCGCUGUAGGGUAACUGGCACUGGCCCAUUAUAUGUGGGCCGGGCUAUGGGCCAGUACUCGAGGAUAGUCUACUCCUAUACUUACUUUAGUGACUUGGUUGCACACGGUGGCUGGGAUGAUUGGGACCACGUCAGCAACAAAAACAAGACCGUGUUCUUUGGGGUGUACAAAUGCUGGGGGCCUGGGGCUGCAAAAGUUAGGGGUGUAUCAUGGGCAAGGGAGCUGGACUAUGAAACGGCACAUAAAUUCCUAGCAAAGAGUUUUGUCAAUGGGAGACACUGGAUUGCACCAUCUGACGCUUAGCCGGACAGAUCCUCUUGAAAAAUUCAUUCGUUGAUUCAAUUGCAAUAAAGCUUGUUGUUUCAGUCAUUUGUUUGGAUACUUGUAUAAAUUACUCACUGUUGUUUGAUAUCAUACCAGCAUACCUGCUCCUUUUUCUUUUCUUGCGAAAGAAACACACAUAUUUUGGAAUAAGGUUUUCUUUAAUUACAAGGAAUCUAAACAUUAGUUUUUUUUUU